AUGUUCAAGUUGGGGAAGUUGAAGGCUGAAGGUAGACCAGAUACAGCAUACCUCAAUGUUGCGAUCAAAGACCUGCGGGUCAAGCACUCACAAGCUCUGGGGACGCAGAGGCCGCAGAACGAGAACGUUCCGGGGCAUGCGGAGUGGAAGAAGAAGGUAUCUAGCAAGGACAAGCUAAAGAUGCUGGAGAAGGCGAAGGAGGCAGAGCUCAAGUCGAUAGGGAGGGGGCUGGCAAGACCAAGUCGCUCUAUCAGUCUCAUCCCCAUCCUCCGAUUCCCUUCCAACCAACUUGAAGACUUCGUCAACAGCAAGGGGUCCAAGACCGAGCGGGCGCUCCGUCCGGAUUUCCGCAGCCUUCAGACGACAGUCUUCGACACUCUCCUCGAUGUUGCUGACAUCUCCAACAUCUCGGAAACUCUCAACAUGACUGCGCCUGCUCUCGGAGCGUUGGCAAGCAAGAAGGGAAAUAGGAUCGUUCUAACAGAAGCAGGAUCUGUGGAGAUUUUGAUGAAGCUGCUGGAAGUUGGACCACCAGCGUCGAGACUGGACGCCUGGAUGGCGCUCGAUGAUCUUCUGAGAUGCAACGACGCGAAGAAGAAGCUCUUUGCUCAGCCUGGCGUCUUGCUCAAGCUCCGGUCGUGUUCGAGCAGCCGGAACCACAGGGUCAGGCGCAUCGGAGCAAGCAUCCUCCGCAACCUCGUUUCUGACCGAGUCUGCUGUGCGUCCACGAGGAGCAGCGGCGCUGACGGGUGGGGUGUACAGGCUCUUUCAGUCCAGGAGAAGACGAGCGAGGACAUGGUUCAGACGCUGUGCUCUUUCGUCACGUGCGGGGAGGACGAGGCCUCGGUCUCAGCUGGGAACGCUCUGUUUCGCAUCGCAAAAUGUGCUGGUCGAAGAGAAUGUGCUCAUGUGAGGAUACAACGACUGAUGCAAACAUGCUAG